CCAGUGAGCGCCAGCCUCCCCGAAGCCACUGCGUUUGGUUGCACACAAGCUGCAGUUUCAGUUUGUUUUAUUCACCGUUUUGAGUAGCUGAAGUAAAAAUAAGGAUAUUUGUGUUUGGCGAGCGAAACCCAGGACGUUCUUUUGUUUCCACGCGCUUGCUAGGACGGUGGAGCCGCGCGGCAGCCUCGCGCCUAUUGGUGUUGUGCAGAGCGGGAAUCUUAUUUCUUGUACCCCCCCCCCCUCCCCUCCCUGUUCUUUUUCUUCUCCCGUCUCUAACUUCCACAGUAUUCCUGCAAAAUGUCAAGACCAGUGAGGAACAGGAAAGUGGUGAACUAUUCACAAUUCAACGAGUCUGAUGAUGCAGAUGAGGAGUACGGUGAGGACAAGCCUAAGAAGGUGCGUUCAGCGCCUCGUGAGCCCAAGCACAAGCGCUCGAAGAACUCACAGGAUGACAGUGAGGACUCUGAGGAAAAGCUCUCCAAAUCCAAAAAUGAUUCAGCAGAUGACUUUGGCAGUGAGGAGGAAGACAAUGACUUUGGAGAAGAGGAGGAUGAAGAAGGAGGCAGCGACUAUGAAGAAGAGAGGGGGAAAAAGGCAAAGAAAACAAAGGUGGAGAAGCCCAGCAGCAAGAGGGGCCCAAAGAGAAAACGGGCUGCAGAUGACAGCGACGACGACAAGGAAGUGAGUCGAAAGCGCACGGUGAGGCAGGCUGCUUCCAAGGCGGUGUCAAAACAGAGAGAGAUCCUGCUGGGAGACGGAGGCAGCGAGGAUGAGGAGCACGAAGACCAGGAGGAGCCCUACAUGGAUCCGGACGAGUCUGGCAGUGAUGAAGACUUCAUGGUGGAGGAUGACGAUGACAGUGACUACGGUCGCUCCAAGAAGAAAGGAAAGAAGGUCAUCCGACGGGGACGGCCGGACAAGAAAGAGAAGAAGAGCCCCAAACCCCGACUAAAGGCCACAGUCACCCCAAGCCCCAUGAAAGGAAAGGGGAAGGGACGCCCCAGCACCAAGACCGUGGAGAAGAGCUCACCCAAAGAGGAAGAGGAGGAGGAAGAACCAGAGAGUCCUCUGGAGGAGGAAGAGGAGGCGGCAGCAGCCGAAAAGAAGGAGGAGACUUCCCCUGCCCCCAAGACAACGAAGGAGUCUGCAGGAGGAGAGGAGGAGGAGGAGGAGGAGGAAGAUGACGAGGAGGAGAACGGCUCAGAGGAGGAGGCGCCCUCUGGAGAAGACUAGAAGAUGGUACCCGUUUGAAGCCCAUCCUCCACAUCUUUCUCUGUCUCCCAUUGAUAUGUUUGUUUUGUUUUGUUGCUCUGCAGUUAGGUUUGUUUUAUUGUCGUUUUUCCCCUUCUGGUGGCCUGGCUCAAUGGUUCAGAGUAUUUCAGCUUCGUGCCCUGACUUUGUUCCCCUUUUUGCAUCAGCAUCACAGCGCAUUCAGCAUCGGGCCUCCCCCCGUUCUGUAGACCAGUGUACCGAGGUUCUCCAUGUUGGUGAGCGUCCGUCCCAAGUCAGAGCAGAGCAGGGAGGAGAUUAGUCUCAUUUAGUGCAGUGAUCCCAGGCGGGGUCCCGUAUCGCUAGGCAAAGCACUGGACUUGAUGCACAUCGACACUCGCAAAGCCUCUAUCAUUCGUUUCUUCUCUGCUUGUGCUUUCAGCAUCGCCAAGUGUUGUACUGGGUUUAAAUGCUUGUUGUAUUUAAAGCAGCCUCUUGGUUUUCUCUUCAGAUACUGAUGCACAUUGUUCUCUGAGCUGUUCCACGUGGAGGUCGGCUGAAGGCGUCCCUUCCUGCUCCACAGCAGCAGGCUGGAGAUCUUUCUGCCUGUUUGGGGUCUCCUGUCUUAUUUCUUCCCAUCAGCUGCUUUUUGGAACGGUUUCUCUUUGGUACAUCCAGCUGUGUUUUUUGUUUUGUUUUUUUAUGCUGUCUCAAUCAGCACCCCCUCAAUGGCUGCAGCAUCAUAACAUCCGAGCCGUUGGGCCAGGCACCUCCACAUCCUUUUUUGUUUCCAGAAAUGCAGCAAGAGGUGUUUUUUUGAGUUUUAAAACAAGAAUGUUUUUUUUUCUCCUGUUGGUUCAUUGUUCUAAUUCUCUUUUCAGAUUUUUUUGUAAUGUUUGUUUUUUAAGAAAAUUAAAUAAAAUGUAUCUUGAUUUUAAAGAAAAACUGUUGACCCUAUCUAAUCUGUUCUGUGUGACGGUUGGAGCAACCGUCCCUUACUGCACUCUCUCUCCUCUCCCAUCAACUUAGUGGUUCCCGUUGGUAUCCGCUUACUUUCUUGGUUCCACACUGAGUUGGCCGCGUUAGUCUUUCCCAUGCGUUUACAGCCGUGAUCCCCACGUUCUGCAGCUUUCUCGCUGUUCUUCAUUUGUCUGUCGAUGCCUUAAUUUCCACUCAGUUGCGUUCCACUAGUGGCUCUGAUCUUGUCCCCGAAGGCCUGAGAAUGUAAUCUGUCCUCGCGGUUUAAGUCUCUGCUACAAGAAGCGAGCUCGGCUUGAAACAAGUCCACGAUUUGCCCGAUCAACAGACCAUCCAAAGCCAUAGACGAUCUCAGUACUCGUGAUUCGUAAAUCAGGUGCUGCACUUGUGAGAUUAUCCUUUUUUUGCGAUGAGCAGCAUUUGAUGUCAAAGCAAAAAAAAAAAAAAAAAAGAAUGAAGUUGGUCUUGCAGUCUUGGGACUGUGUUUUCAUAUCUGUGUUCCUACAGGCUGCCAUAGAAACGUGUCCUGGAUUCAGUCAGGACCCCAGAGCCUCUGUUCAGAAGCACAUCCGAUUGUUUCUCACCUGUCUAAGACGGCAGGUCAGCGUUUUCCUACGUUCAGGUCCAGAAUCGGCACCAAAUACUUAACAAGUCCGGUCGUUUUGUUGGGUGCUAUCACACAGCAUCAGGAGGAGGUCUGUUCCAACCUGAUGCCCAGAGAGCUCUCUGCAGGUCCUGGCUUGUAGUUGCAACACGGAGGGCUCAAAAGAAGCUUCUCCAUCCGAACACAGGAGGCAUGAGGCUGUUGUUUUGUUCCUCUCUCAUCCACACUUCACCUUUCUUCUGUUUUCUUUUUUUCCUUUCUAAUCUGUGUUGAGUUGUUCUGGCAAUGUUGAUGUAAGCCAACUUGUGAUUCUUUCAGAGAGCAGGCAGUGAAGCUUUUGCCAGUCUUGUGGGAAAAGCGACACUGAACUCUUCAACCUUUUUGCAUGUUGUGGAAAAAGUGCAAAGCGAUGAUACUGGCAGUAGCAACCUUGUGCUCUAAAGGAAAAGUAUUAACAAUGUUGAUAAUGUUUUGGUUUCCCAGCUUCUAAUAAAGGCAACCUACUUUUUAUACAGAUGAA